GACAGUUAUGACAGCCAGACCAUUCUCAUUCCCAUGAUUCCAUUUCAUGCCUAGUAUUCAUAUUCUUCUUCUUCUGGUGCGACUGAAUCAAAAUUCACGAAGAGAUUAAGGUGAAGGAGACCAGAGAAUUGAUCAGAACAACGAUGGCAGUUGCUAAUGAGAAACCACCAAUGUCUGAAGUUAAGGUUUGGAGUUUCUGUAGAUUGCCUUUCUGGCAAUCCACCAAUAAUGCAGCUGCCGGUGGUGGUGGUGGUGGCAGUGGCUCUUCAUCCUUGCAGCAAAACCAUCUUGCUGCUGCUGAUCAUCAACCUUCCAUCAAGGUCGCUUCUGUGGCCAAGUCCUUUCUUCCUACUCGCCGUAGACUCGGUCUUGAUCCCCCCAACAAGCUCUAUUUUCCCUAUGAACCUGGUAAACAAGUCAAAAGCGCAAUUCGGAUUAGAAACAUCACCAAGACUCAUGUUGCCUUCAAGUUCCAAACAACUGCACCAAAGAGUUGUUACAUGCGUCCUCCGGGAGGCAUACUUGCUCCUGAUGAGAGUCUAAUUGCCACAGUUUUCAAGUUUGUGGAGCCUCCAGAGUCCAAUGACAAACUGGAUGGUCUAAAGAGCAGGGUCAAGUUCAAGAUCAUGAGCUUGAAAGUAAAGGGAGAUAUGGAUUAUGUACCAGAGCUGUUUGAUGAGCAGAGGGAUCAAGUUGCUGUUGAACAGAUUCUGCGGGUUGUUUUCCUGGAGCCUGAUCAUCCUACCCCAGCACUCGAAAAACUGAAUCGUCAGCUAGCUGAGGCUGAGGCUGAGCUUGAGAUACGCAAAAGGCCUCCUCCAGAGGACAAAGGUCCAAGAGUUCUUGGGGAAGGUCUUGUCAUUGAUGAAUGGAAGGAAAGGAGGGAAAGAUAUCUUGCAAGACAACUGGUCGAAGGAGUUGAUUCAGUAUAAGCUGCUAUACUUUCCUUCCACUGAUGCAGAACAGAAAACUGGAGUGAAAGUGAAAUCACAGGCAACAGAAUCCGGAAUUUAUGAGUUCAACAUGCUAUUUCAGGGAUUCAAUGAAGCAUAAUAGAGAGAACUAUUUUGCUUCCCUUUUGAUAUCAGAAUAACUAUAUGAUUCAAGGAUUGUCUCCUGGCUGAGACUUUUGUUACAUGUAUAUAAAGAGG